CUGCCUCGAGAACUGUGCCAGCAGGUGGCAGAGUCGAUGGAGAUGGAUGACGAGUCGUGUGGGGAAGCCCUGAACUUCUUUGACAGUUUGAACAUGCUGUUCUACUUCCCCGACAUCCUUCCCCAGCUGGUGUUCAUGGAGCCACAGAUGUUGCUGGAUAAGGUCUCGGAGCUGGUGGAGGAGACCUACCACAUGAGGCAGGGAAGAAGGGCCAGCCGUGCCGGGGGAGAAGCUGAGAUUCCGUGACCACGGCGAAGUGACGGAAAAGUUUCUGGGCGAGUUCGAGAGCCACUACGAGCCACCUCUGUUCACACCCAAGGAGCUGGUGACCCUGCUAAAGGGGUUGCUGGUGUUUGCGGAGAUGUCGGAGGACGUGUACUUCAUGCCGUGUCUGCUACAAGUUGUGGCAUGGGAGGUGGUGGAGGAACACCGAGUGAGUGGCGGGAAAGCCCUGGCCCUUCACUUCCCCGACAGCGGUCCCCUGAUGGGAACGUUCUGCUCCACUGUAGCUUACCUCCUGUCCCCCGAAAACAGUCACCCCUGCCCCUGGAGAGUGGUUCAGAACGAGGUGGGAGCUCCGGAAUGCCUCCAUCGCAACGUCAUAAAAUUCACCAUCCCCAAAUGCACAGGCACCGUUUCACUGAUCGAUCACUUCACCCACUUCGAACUCCACCUAUGUACCCACCCAAAGAAGGCAGCUCAGCUGUGGAAACUGGCACACGACGCAGUAUUUGCAGGUCUCAAGAAAGCAGGGAAGACCAUCGGCUACACAAACAACACUCCAGUCCCAGCCAUCGUAUGCCCCGCCCACCCCCGCCCAGCCAAACCCCACCCCGCCACUGUUGACAAGGACAGAGUGUGGACAUGCUCAGUCAACUCUGGAAAGUUUGGAGACAUUGAUGAGGACUCUAUUCCAUGGCUGACCCUCUGCACGUCUGCCUCUGCUGAGUCAGCCACGUCCUCUCCCUCCUCUUCAUCUUCUGCAGUUCCCCCCACCUCCCAGCCUCCCCUCUCUGUCUCCACAGCUUCUGCCUCCUCUACUACUGACACCACUACUACCAACACUCCUGUGCCAGAGUGUUUCAUAGUCUCCUAUCCUAUUGCCUCUGUUCCCUCUCUCUCCCUGUACUCUUCUACUACCAUCGCUCCUGUCGGCCAAUCUGUCUCUACCACUGCCAGUGUCUCCACAGCUCCUCAUCCUGUCUCCUCCUGUCCUGGUGAGUCCCCUCUUCGAGAGCAUUGCUGACUGUUGUUUUUUCUUUCUACUGUUAUCAGUCAUCGAGUAUUCCUACACCUCCUCCACUAUUGCCACAGCUGCUAUUCCUCUCUCCUCCACUGCUAGCACCACUCAUGGUGGUGGUGUCUGUCGACCCACUCUGCCAGAGCUACUUCGUCUGGAAAUCCCCGAGGGAAUUGCCACAAGCUACACCACAUUUGGAAUCUUCCUCCUCAACGAUGAGACGGGGGAUCAAGUCGACAUCAUCGAG